AUGAAGAGCGAAAGACAGAAAAGCACAUUAGAGCAAGCUAGCUAUGGUACCCAAAGUAGAAAAAAAAAAAAAAAAAAAAAAAAUCAAAUUCAAAUGUUUAGAGUGCAAAAUUAUAUAUACAAAGUAUUUACCUCUGUGUUGAGUUUAUUAAUUGUAGUUUUAAUUCUCUAUGCAUCCAUCGACAUAUCUACAAACUAUGGACCCAUAAUCAUCGUGUACAUAAUAAUCCUUGAGUUUGGGAGUAUGUUGAUUUCGUAUAUCUUGCUACAGUUCCCUUUUUUUUAUCGUAUCCUCAAGAAUGUUUUUACGCGAGCGAGGAACGUUAACAAGUACUCCCAUCAGUACAAGCCCUUUUAUUAUGAUAGCCCAUCGAACAGUGAUGAUAAAGAUUCCAUCAGUAUUGAGAGGGGAAAGGACAAAAGGCGCAGAAACACCUUUGCCCUUUUCAGCAUCAAUCGGAAUAAUAAACGGUAUAGCAUUAAGACCCUCUUUACUGGGUAUAAGUCCAAGAAGGGAAAAAAGAAAGGAAGAAAGGAUGCCUCAGGAGAUGGUGCUCGCCUGGAUGAAGAGACCCCUAUUGGGGUAACGCCUUGCGAAGGUGCCUCUAGAAGAAGCCGCGUACAAGCCGGACCAGGGAACGCGUACAAACGACAGAGCAUCUACCUGGAUGACUGUAACAUGUGGAUGAAUAGCGAUAUGAAAAAAGUGAAUAAGAAAAAGAAUUUCAAUUUGUCUAGAUCCCUAAGUUUUAACAUAAACUUAAACGAAGAGAAUGAUAUGAUAAUGAAGGAUUCGGCUAGUCUAGACGACAUCAAGAUUUUCUUGGGUCACCAGACAAGCAAAUUUGUGGCAAACAAGGAUAAACUGAAGGCCAGGAAGUCGUCCAUAUAUAAUAAAUACGUUCCCCUAACGUUUACAUCUUCUUAUAAAAACAACAUGGUAACUCAGUUUCUGAAGGCACACACUGAGAAUAUGAGACCAGUUAGUUCGGAGUACUCAUCAUCUGAGAGUGAGGAGGAUGAAAACUCUGGCAGGUACAAGAAGAUGUACAUUGGGAAAGGUGACACGGGAAGAAGGAGUGAUAGACAAGCUACGCAGGGAGGCACCACGAAGGGCGGUAGGAAGUAUACCGUGCAUGACGCGGUGCACGAUCCAGACGACAAAGACGAUGUGGAGAGAGGGCCGAAGCACAUGAUGAGUCGGGAAAUAAGAUCUCACAGUAGAGACCACACCAAUAUGGCUACGGACAUGGCCACCAGUCUGUACGCAACCAAGAGCGCAAUUCUGUUUAGCAACAAAAAAAAAAAAAAAAAAAAUCAAUACAGAAAAUUAAUUAAAGGUAGAACUCGAUACUUUAAAAGAAUCACAUGCAUAAAUAAAGUGAAGAAAUUUUUUUAUUUCUUUAUUAAUUACAAUAUGAAGUCUUCCAGGUCAACGAAUAAUUUAUUUCUGUUUUUUAGGGGUGUGUCUCUCUAUAUAAAACAUCGCUUUAUGCAUUAUUUAUCGUAUGAGCCAGUUUGGAUAAUUGCCAUUUUGAUUCGAAUUGUUCUGUGGUGUAUAGUGUGGUUAUGGGCAGCUAGUUAUAUGGAAAGGAAACCGAAGAAUUUUAAAAUAACAGAAUGGAAUAUGAAGAAUGUGCCAUCUCUGUAUGGGUACAUCGAAUGUACCUUCCAAUGGUGUGGAGUGUUUGAUUAUUUCUUCGGGUUAUACUUCACGAAUAAUAAGUUGAAGUAUAUAUUUUCCUUUUUCUCAGUUAUUGAUUUUAUUACUACACCAGUUUCAUCUUUAAUAAUGAAUACCUUGUGUGAAAAUAAGUACAGCCAAAAUUAUUGGUUCUUGAUAUUAGGUCCUCUUCGUUUUUUGAGAUUAGUGAGAGCAGAGAGUACCAUCAGUUCUUGUUUCUUCUGGCUAAGCGAUGUGAAAAUUAUAAUAAUUGGCAUAAUAAUAUUAGCCUUAGCAAUUCUCUUUACCUUCUCAGGGAUUAUGUAUAUAUUGGAGGCACCAGAUAUAGAACGUGACUUUGUCAGUCCGUUGGAUUUUGUAUAUUUUGGAGUGAUAACUAUGUCUACAGUAGGGUAUGGAGAUUAUACUCCUGUAACUCCCGCGGGGAAAUGCCUCACCAUGUUUAUAAUAAUUGCCUGUAUCAGUUUUGUAGGAGCACAAUUUAAGCGCUUAAAGGAAGCUAUGUUCAGUCCUAAAACUAUUAUGGGAAUAAUUCCUAAGCAAGACGAUGAUUAUAUUUUGAUCCUGGGUCCUGUGAGCCCAACUCAACUUUUAUACAUUUGUAAGGCUAUUAAUAAUAGCUUUCCAAAUUCUGUAGAAUCCAUUUUCCUUUUUACUCCUCUACCUGUGAUCAUAUAUCGUUUUGUGUAUGGAAGUAUUGUAAAGAACACAAACAUCAAGGUAUGUAUAAAUGGAGGGAACGAAUGCUUCAUUUGCCCUAGCAUCAUUUACGAUGCAGUAAUUAACGCUAGGGCAUUGUACAUACUUAACAACGUAGAUGCAGAAAAGUACACAUUACUAUAUCAACAGAUUUUUCUAGCAAGCAAUAACUUAAACUUUAGUAACAAUGAUCCAAAUCAGAGAAUCAGUUCCAACGACAUUCUACAUAAUAAUAUUAUCAAUAAAUUUAAUAAAGACAAACCGAAGAUGUGCAGAUAUUCGGAUUUUUUGUCUGACUACAAAAAUGAAAUAAACAAGAAUAAUAUGAACAACUUAGAAAUGAAUAUUAAUAUUAAUGAUUCGCAUGUGGUGAAGGAAAAGGAUGAUCAGGAAUGUGUGCUUCGGUUUAUAGGCACCUAUAAUAUUUGUAACACACUCAUCCCCAUCACAUUGCAACUUUCCAACAAUACUUAUGAGGAACUCGUUAAGUCGAUGAAGGUAUAUAACUACCUUAGUAUAGAAGAACUCAAAUAUGCUCUCCUUGCCAAAAGUGUCAAUUGUAAAGGCCUUUUUUUUUUAAUAAUUAAUUUUUUCUACAAACCAAAGGCUGUGAAGAGCUUGAAAAAGUACAUUAUAGAUUUGAAGCUUCUUAUGUAUAAUCGCAUAUUAAAACGGAAGAACAGAGAGAGGGUGAAUAAUGGGGGUGUGAAGAUUAACAAGAUUAGCGAGAUUUCUUCCUCCAGUUCUGGCUUAUCUUUUGGGGGGAUAGUUCCUUACCUCAAGGGAAGACAGUCAACGACAGCAGGUGGGAACGUGCACCAUAUAGCUAAUACGGAAAAGGUAGAUACACAUAGUAGUAGUGAACAAGAACACAAGAACAAAGUAGGAGUACGCAAUAUGGGAAAAAGGCACUCCGUCAAUUAUAAGGAAAUUCUGCCGCUGAACUCCAUGGACGACCUCGACUUUACACAGACACCAAAUUAUCAGAAUUAUUAUCGCAUGUUGGAGAGGGUCAGUCUAAAUAUGUACUACUAUCUGGAAGGGCUAAAAUACAACAUCUAUCGUUUCCAAUUUCCUGAAUGCAUGAGGGGUUUUCUUUUCCAAACGGCUACGGAGUAUCUGUACCAAAAGUAUAGUGCCUUCCUCAUCGGCAUAAUAACAAUCAAUAAGGAAAUUUUCUUAAACCCUGUUGAUUACAUCAUUGGAGAAGAGAACAAGUUCUACUACACUUCUGCCUUUUCGGGGAUCAUCCUGACGACCAGUCUGGACAACCUGAUCAAGCUAUCCUCCAUUAAGAACAUCUCGAAGAAGGUCUAUGAGUACAACGAGCGGCGCAUCAGUGAGCGUUUCCGAGGUAAUGUCGGCGCCCAGACCAAGGUACCGGGGUUGAGUACAAAACGGCAGGAGGCCAAGAUGGCUACGAUGAACUCGAGUGUAGUCUAUGCGAGUGGAGUCAAUGCGAGUGGAGUCAAUGCGAGUGGAGUCAAUGCGAAUGGAGUCAAUGCGAAUGGAGUCAAUGCAAGUGGAGUCAAUGCAAGUGGAGUCAAUGCAAGUGGAGUCAAUGCAAGUGGAGUCAAUGCAAGUGGAGUGAGUACCCCUGCUCCCAGGGGGAAGGUGAACUUUGAUCCCAGAGGCGGAAAUUCGGACAGCAGCAACGGGCAUCAGGGUGGUGAGGACGACGUCCAGGACAACGACAAUAACAACAACAAUAACAACAACGAUGAGAAGGACGAUAGCCAGGACGACGGAUCGGUGCAUCGUCCAUCGGAACGCCACUCGAAGGGCGAAUCAAGGGAGGAGAGGGUGGCCCCGCGGAACAACCUCCUCUACAAUUUCUUUCUAGGCAUCUACGAAGUCGACAACUACAUAUCGGCGUAUCGGGACAUAUUCAGAGAAAAGGAAAAGCCAUUGCUGUUGGUGUGCGGGUGGCCAGACAACAUACACCUGUUCCUCAAGCACCUGCAGGUGAACAGUGGCAACUGGUUGCGGCAUAGAAGGAAGAGGAAAAAGAGGCAGGAGAAGAAUAGAAAGAGGGAGAAGGGGGGAAAAAUGCAAACGGAGGGGACGCACAUGGAACAACGAGGCGAACAAUCCAUCGUGCAUGUCAACAGCCCCGAAAGUGACAGCUCUUGUAGCGAUGAUUCGUGCGGUUACAGCUCUUUGCAAAAGAGAAAGGCGCCUGGUGGAAAAAUCAAAUAUAAUAUAAUCAUCCUUUCCUUGCAUGUACCAAAAUUUAACUACGAGAACGACCUCUUGGACUUCUCCCAUAACGUAGCCUUUAUCCGUGGAUCGGCCCUGAACAGCACCAACCUUGUACAGGCAGGAGUGUUCUACGCGAAGAGGCUCAUAAUCUUCAACGCCAACCACAGUCUCUUCAUUGACAAAGACGCCUACCGCAUUGACAAUGAAGUAAUCAUAAUAAAGAACGUGAUCUACCAGUUGUACAAUAGUGUAUUGAAGAGCAGAUUCAAUUAUAUGAAUUUGGUGAAAAAAAUUUUCAAAAAUGAGUUUAAGGAUGUUAAUAUUAACGAGAAGGUAUUCGCCAGUGAAGCUCCGUUCCAACUGAACGAGAUGAUACGGGUAAAGACAUGUUCCUCAGCGUCUUCAUCCUCGUCGUCCUCCUCAUCCUCAUCAUCUUCUGCAUCCUCCGUCCCUCCCCGUUUGGGUGCGACUCCCCUGCGGCUGCGAGGAGACUGCAAAACCCUGAACAUCUUCAACAUCAACCGGAACCCUUACCUCAUCUGCAUGAUUAAAAACUCCGAGAGCCUGGAGUACAUCGACGGAAGUAUCAACUUAUCUUACGAGAAUUAUAAUGACAAUGAAAAAAUGAACAAAAUAUGGGAGAAUUGUGGAGAAUACAUUUACACAUUCGAGCUCGUUUCUGCCAACAUUUUUGUGGAUGAGAUGUUACAUAAUUUGGUAUCCUUUUCUCUACCCAUAAGUAAAUACGCCAUUGAGUACUCAGUUAUUUAUUCCCUCAUUGGGAUCGACAUAAAUGAAUAUUCGAAGAACGCCAAAGCUUUUCACAAGAAUUUAAAAUUAUGUACAGGUCAGGUGAACUUGAUUCCAAUUCCCUCUUAUUUUUACAAAAAGAGUUUUUACAAGUGUUUCUCCUACUUCCUUCACAACAAGCAGUGUUUGUGUAUUGGUAUUUUGCGUUACAUGGACAUUUCGCCGCUGUGCAGGAAGUCCCGCAAGCUCUUCGUGCUGUCCUGCCCCUCGCGUACAAUGAAAAUUGAGCGUGACGACCAGGCCUAUGUCAUCUCGUACAACAUGAAGUAA